GAGAGAGAGCAGGGCAGGAGAGAGGAGAGAGGGCAUCUAAGGUUCGACUGGUGCAGUGAGAGUCCAUCACCAGAAGAGGGAGCCCCACUCCAAUCUUUCAGCCAGGAGAGGAUGUCCCCAGCACCCACUGGCUCUGUGUGAGACUCUUUCCAAGUCAUGGCGGCUACAUUAUAGUCCACUCAUCACUAAAAAGACAGGACAGUGUCCGACAGACACAAACCCAGUGCAAGCUCUUUAAACACCUGAUCAUGUAGGCUGUCCUGCUGUUGGCUGGAGGAUGGGCAACAGUAUUCCAUUCCUUCUUCUGACCUGCAGAGAGGAAAUAUAAAAGUGUAACUCCUCCACACGUGAAAAGGACAAGCGAACAAAUCCAACACUUCCACGAGUCCUCUCGAUAUUUACAGUAUGACUCUCUCCUCUGAUCUCUGAACACUCACACCUUAAAGACACACAUACUGUAUAUACUCAUGCGAAUACACAUACAAAUGCAAACAUAUAAGUGAAUCAUAAAGGUACACACACACACAAAAAAACACACACACACACACACACAAACACACACACACGCACACACUUCCUCACUCCUGUGUCCCAGAAGCAUGCUAACCCUCAUCCUGCUGGGCACAGUCCUGGCCCUGCUCAUUGUGCUGACCGUGUGUGGCAACGUGCUGGUGUGCCUGGCCGUGUGCACCACGCGCCGCCUCCGCUGCGUCACCAACUGCUUCAUCGUCUCGCUGGCCGUCACCGACCUGCUGCUGGGUGCGCUGGUGCUCCCGUUCUCCGCGCUGCUGGAGGUGCGUCAGGGCGCCUGGCCGCUGGGCGCCGCCUUCUGCAACGUCUACAUCUCGUUGGACGUCAUGCUGAGCACGGCGUCCAUCCUCAACCUGCUGGCCAUCAGCAUGGACCGCUACCUGGCCGUGACGGCGCCGCUGCGCUACGCGGCUCUCCUGAGGCCGGCGCGCGUCGGCGUGGCGCUGGCCCUCAUCUGGCUGGUCUCCGUGUGCCUCUCCUUCGUGCCCAUCCACAUGGGCUGGAACACGAGGGACGGCACCGUCCAGAACGUGGGCGCGGCGGACGCCGACGCCGACGCCGCGAGCGCCGGCACGUGCAAGUUCGACCUGAACGCCACGUACGCCGUGGUGGACGCGCUGUUCACCUUCUACCUGCCGCUGCUGGCCAUGUGCUGGAGCUACUGCCGCGUGUUCCGCAUCGCGCGGGCGCAGGCGCGCCGCAUAGUGGCCACGCGACGCGCCGGAGGCUGCAGCAGUACACCGGCCGGCCACUGGGGGGUGCUGGCGGUGGCCGUGCGCGAGAACAAGGCCACGGUGACGCUGGCGGUGGUGGUGGGCGCGUUCAUCGUCUGCUGGACGCCGUACUUCACCUACUUCACCGUCAUGGGCCUGCUGCAGAAGGACAUGCGCGACACGGCCUACUCGGUGGUGCUGUGGCUCGGCUACACCAACUCGGCGCUCAACCCCUUCCUGUACGCCGCGCUCAACCGAGACUUCCGCUCGGCCUACGGGCGGCUCCUGCACUGCCCGAGGCUCAAGCCUGUGCAGCUGGACUCGAACGUGGGAGCAGGAGAAGAGAGAAGCUGGGAGGAUGGGCCAGUGACUGGACUCAAGCAUUGCUUCAGCAGGGCAGGAUCCGUGCCCGGAGCUAUGGUCAUGAUGCAGAAUUUGAAUGGGAGCGACGGGCCAUCCCUGGGUAAUGGCAAUCCACUGAUGAUGGACACAGAGGUCACUGACGGCAAUAACACAUUAAGCUUGACGCCCGGCCAUUGGACCAGGUCCACAUCUUCACCCGGCCACCCGGAGGGUGACACCAAGCAAGACAAGUGCUUGAGAUGGCUGGCAGAACCCCCACAGGGGCAGAGAGGUUGAGGACCAGAACGUUCUGUCCAGCCAGCUGCUCAACCAAUCACUGGCGGUGUCGCACAGGGACAACAGAGGACAUGCUGUGCAGAGGGUCAAGGAAAUGUUCAAGCCAUAAAGCAAUCAGCAGCAACUAAGCUUUCCCCUCAAAUGACAUUCCUACUUGUGUUAUCACUUGAACUCAAACGAGCCGUGUUGUACAACCCCUUGAAUUCUUUUUUCCAUGAGUGGCUCUUGUCUCAAACACUGUGAUAAUGAACCUUUGCCUUAUUCAGGACAGGUGUGUUGAAUUUGACCAUGCACCCCAUCUGCCCCCUACUGGUCAAAAUCUUUUUUUUUUUUUUUUUAAUUAUGAGAAGGAAGAAGAAACAAAAUGGCAGCUUGCUUGCAGUAUAGUUGUGGGGUGCACGAGGACAGUAUUAAAUAUAAUUUCUAUCAAAAAUCGAAUAGCAAUGAG